UGGCGAUCAUGAGGCCUUCAAUUUCAUUACUAAAAUACGGCAUUGUCUUCACUCCCCUUUUUCCAUUGGCAUGCAAUGUCUGUAUCGGGGAAAAAUUGCCAAGACUCCAUACUGCCGGCGGAAUUCACUCCGCCCGCUGCGGCCGCCAUACGGGAGCUACAUUCAUUGCGGCGCUUCUCCUGAAAUUCACGCGCUGAAAGGUGCCAGUACUUGGCAGAUUUGUCACAAUGGGCUUGAAUGCUAGAGGGAGAACGUUCUCCUGUAUUUUUGUCUUUUUUCUGUUUGCUACCUUGAUUGGAAAGUCUUCAGCUUCUUUGGGGGAUCACCUCCCGGAGUUCAAAGAAUGUGUCAAGGUCUGUCAAGCUGAGAAUUGCAAAGAUGGCAAUUCGGUCAUUCCGCUCCAUCUCCGUCUCAUGUUCUGGAACUGUCCGGCUGAAUGCGAUUAUACCUGCCAACACGUCGUAACCGACCUUCGGGUCGCCCGAGACCCUCCGAUGAUCACUCCUAUCGUCCAGUUCCAUGGAAAAUGGCCGUUUCGCAGAAUGAUCGGCAUGCAGGAACCGUUUUCUGUCCUCUUUUCUCUGCUCAACUUUUUGGCCCAUUGGCAUGGCAUUUCUCGAAUCCGGGAAUCGAUCCCAGCCUGGCAUUCUCUCCGGAAAUACUAUAUUUCGUUUGGAUACUGUGGUCUGGCGUGUUGGACUUUUAGCACGAUCUUCCACUGCAGGGAUUUCCCACUCACAGAGAAACUGGACUAUUUCGGAGCCGGGGCGAACGUCAUGUAUGGUCUCUAUCUUGCUGCUAUCCGGGUCUUGCGCCUAGACCAGGAGAAACCCCGAUUUAAACCGACGUUGCGCCGCCUAUUGACUGUGCUCUGCGCUGUUCUUUACACUGUGCACGUGUGCUAUCUGAGCUUCUGGUCAUGGGACUAUACCUAUAACAUGAUUGCCAAUAUCGUGAUUGGAAUGAUAUCGAACGUACUGUGGGUUGGAUUCAGUAUCUAUCGGUAUCAAAAGCAGCAAAAAUUGUGGACCGCUUGGCCAGGAAUGAUUGUUCUCUGGAUUAUAUUGGCCAUGAGCCUGGAGUUACUGGACUUCCCCCCCUGGCAUGGGCUGGUCGAUGCCCACAGUCUCUGGCACCUCGGGACUGUUAUUCCGACUGCAUGGUGGUACUCGUUCCUUAUCAAAGACAUUCAAAACGACGUAGCUGGGAUACGAUACAAGGCUUGAGUUUGUGGCUUUGGGAGCUCACUCACGCCUUUGGAUGAUAUUCUCCCUACCGGAGUAAUCUCUGGUGGCUGUGGAUGACCAAUCCAACCCUGUAAUUACCAAAUCUCACGAAAUAAAAGCACGCUAGACUCCUUGCAGCACACAGUACAUACAUACUUCUGUAUUGCCAGCUGUCAUACAUAC